AUGGUCUUGGCCGCUCCAUUGCCUGUCGAACGUAAUUCGUUGCGUAAGCGUUGCCAUAGCGCCGAUCGUCACCAAAGUAAUGCUGGUUAUUACGAGGAAGGAUCGAAGCAUAGCAACGAAAAGAGCGAUGACGAAGAUGACGACGAACACAAGCCUCGUGGUCACCAUCACCAAGAUGACAACGACGAACAAGAGUAUCCUGCUACUACCACUACCACUACUCCUGUAGCCAAGGAAACACACGAUGUCACUACUACGACCAAGGAAUAUGAACCUGAAUACACCACUACAACAACUACUGAGGAACCCAAGCCAACAACGCACCACACGACAACUACUACUGAGGAGCCCGAGCCAACAACAACGCACACGACAACUACUACUGAGGAGCCCGAGCCAACCACUACCCACACUACUACUACAACUACCGAAGCACCAGAGCCAACGACAACGACUACCACUACCACCACAACCACCACAACCACAACCGAGGAAGCCGAAGAGACAGGUAGCAGUGGCAGCAGCAGCAGCGGUGGAGGUGGCGAUUACUCUGGUGAAGGAACUUGGUACACCGUCGGCUUGGGCAGCUGUGGCCAGACAAACAGCAACUCUGAAUACGUUGCUGCAUUGAACCAAAUUCAGAUGGAGAACGGUGAUAAUCCCAACGACAACCCUAAGUGUGGUGACAAGCUUAAUAUCUCUGGUCCUAAUGGCUCUGUCACGGUCACUAUCGUUGAUACGUGCCCAACCUGUGCCUAUGGUGAUGUCGAUUUGAGCCCUGCAGCUUUCACUGAGCUCGCUGAUUUGAACGAUGGUCGUAUCGACAUCUCUUGGAGCUUUGCUUAA